AUGGCGUCGAAUGCUUCGAUCAACGCUAUAUAUUUCUUGAUACUAAAUAUUGUUCUCGUGUCAUUCCGAAUCAAUCGAUAUCGCUAUGUGUUUGGUCUAGGACUGAAUGUGCUGUCUAUAGCUACCCCUCACUGGCUCCGUUCCAGGUAUGUGGGGCAUCACAAAGGACCCUCAUACGACAUUGGAAUAUUCCAGCAUUGUGAAAUAGAAGAGAAGUCUUGUGGAGGUUUAGAUGGAAUUCAUACCAUGAUCAACCCUUCAGAUAUUGCAUGGUUCAGUGUAAUUCAAGCUACAUUUAUCUUGUCUGUCAUUGGUUGUUUACUCUCCACAGUAAUGGCGAUUUUCUUCCUCAUCAAAAUAUUCGACACGUCAAAAAGUGGAUAUAAAUUAAUAUCUGUUACACAAUUACUAACUUUAACUUCACAGCUGAUUGCUCUUACCUUAUUUGGAAUGGACUGUGUAGACAUGUUUGCAUUCGAUGGUCACGUGGUACAGCUGUCCUGGGCUUAUUACUGUGCUGCUGUGGCUUGUGGGUUCAUUUUCCUCAGUAGUAUCAUGCACGCCAUGGAGGCUAGCCGAGCUGUCGAGGUUAUCAAGAAUGUUCAUCACAGGCUGGCUGGUUUGACUUCGAACUAUACUUUAUUUGUCGAUCAAGAUCCUUAA